AAACAGCUGUUAGCUAUUUAGAGAGAAAGAAGGAGGGUGUCUCGGUUGGCGGCUAGCUUAAAAAAAAAAAAGGCAGAAAAACGCGUUCACAAGAUGGACUCGGUUCGUAGUGGAAACAUUUGUAGGCGCUUCAUAAAUGGCUCUUGCAGAUUUGGCCGAAGAUGCAAGUACAGACAUGAGUUCACCCCUAUACCUGCAUCUCAAAUAUGUCGAUACUUUCAGAAAGGUGGCUGCUGGUAUGGUGAACGAUGCAGGUUCUUUCAUGUCCUUCUGCCUCAAGUUGGACCAGUAUUUCCAGGUAGAAGGGGUUCUGCGCCUGUAGCCUCCCCCUCUGGUAUGCCCCACUACUCUGAAAGAAGAGUGUCAGAACCAACUCUUUGGCGUGUUAAUGUUCCAUCCAGGCAGAGAUGCAGUGGAUCACAGUCAGCAAUUUAUCCCUUUAAUCUUCAGCAAGAAACUGGGAAUCUGCCUGAAUAUGUUUUGGAGGAACUGUCACAAGAAAAUUAUUUGGAAUCAGCCCCAAGUUCAGGUAUUGCUCAAGCAAGUGCAUGGCAAGGAAGAUAUGAGAGAGCCUCUAAAUCUGAGAUGUGUGAAGAUGGAGCUGCAGCAGCUUGCAAUGAAAAAAGUGAAGAAACUUUGGCUUUCCUGCAGAGCAAAAAUGUGGUCUGUGGGAUCUGUAUGGACAAAGUCUAUGAAAAGGAGAAUCAGAGAGACCGGGUCUUUGGGAUCUUGCCAAACUGCAAUCAUCCCUUUUGUUUAGACUGCAUCGCGACCUGGAGGAAAACAAAAGACAUCGGACUUGACGUCGUAAGGGCUUGUCCUCAGUGUCGAGUCAGGUCUGCUUUUUAUGUGCCAAAUAAAUACUGGGUGGAAGGUCAAGAAAAGGAAAAUGUAAUUGGUGCUUUCAAGAAAAAAUUUGGUAAGAAGAGAUGCUGCUUCUAUGACAGAUAUGGAUGCUGUCCCUUCAAAAAGGAGUGUCUCUAUCGGCAUGUUGGAGAUUCUUCUAACAGUCCAGUGUUUUCAUACUUCGCAGAGGAAGAGGAUGACAGUUUUACUGAUCUGCUUGGCUUUUUCAUAAGCAUGAGCCUUCUUGGUGGUGAAGAAGCGGAUGAAGAACUUCUCUUUUGCCUCACUGAAGAUUAUGGGUUUUAAGCAUUUCUUUUUUUCUUGGUAGUCUAAAAUACAAAGUCAAUCCACCUUUGA